AUCACAGAUACCCGCCAUACACGUUUUCACAACUUCGUGCUUGCUAUUCAGUUAUAUCGGACGUGUGAAAAGUAUCGACUGAUCAGUUAUUAAUAAUUCCACACCUGAGUGAUCCCUUCUUAUCACUGUAAGGAUCAUAUCCUGAGUGUGCUAUUAACGCACGUUUAGCUUUUGUUCAGCUUUUCUCUCUUUACUAUCAUUAAAAGACGUAGCUCUGAAGUUUAUCAGAGACACCCUCGACAAGGAUGACUCGAUACACUGUUUUAGUUGUGGGAGGCGGAGGCAGGGAACAUGCUAUUUGCUGGAAGCUGGCGCAAUCAGAUCAUGUAGAUCGAAUUUAUCUGGCAUCUGAGAAUCCUGGAGCAGAACAGCUGGGCAAAGUAGAAUCCGUAUCUCUAAAUGUAAAAGAUAACAAGGGAGUCGCAGAAUGGUGCAAGAAGAAUGGCAUCAGCCUGGUAAUUGUUGGCCCGGAAGAUCCCUUGGCCAACGGUCUAGGAGAUGCAUUAAAAAAUGUUGGUGUUCCUUGCUUUGGCCCAGAGCAGCAGGCUGCUCAAAUUGAGACUGAUAAAAAUUGGGCAAAACUAUUCAUGGAUAGACACAAAAUUCCUACCGCAAGAUGGAAGGGAUUUACUGAUGCCAAUGAGGCAAAAAAUUUUGUUAACCGAUCUGAGUUCCCAGCCCUGGUCGUAAAAGCUGCAGGUCUAGCUGCUGGUAAAGGCGUAGUUGUUGCUUCAGACAAAGUUGAAGCAUGUCAGGCCAUUGAUGAGAUUUUAGUACAGAAGAAAUUUGGCUCAGCAGGAAAAGUUGUAGUAGUUGAAGAGCUUUUAGUAGGAGAAGAAGUCUCAGUUUUGGCAUUCACAGAUGGCAGGAAAGUUGUUCCACUGAUGCCUGCGCAAGAUCAUAAGAGAAUUUUUAAUGGAGAUGAAGGCCUUAAUACAGGUGGAAUGGGUGCUUAUUGCCCCUGUCCGCUUUUGAGUCACAAAGAUGCCGAAUUCGUUAAGAAAAACAUACUUCAAACAGCUGUGGAUGGCUUAAAAGCUGAAAAUAUUCCAUUUAUUGGUGUCUUGUAUGCGGGUAUAAUCCUGACAAAGGAGGGUCCAAAAGUCUUGGAGUUCAAUUGCCGUUUUGGAGAUCCUGAAACCCAAGUCAUUCUACCCUUGUUGAAAUCUGAUUUGUUCUUGGCAAUGAAGGCUUGUUAUGAUGGAACUCUAACAGACUCCCACAUCAGUUGGCAUACAGACGUCUCCGCUGUUGGCGUCAUUCUGGCAUCUCGUGGUUAUCCAGAGACUUCAUCAAAAGGACAAGUUAUAACUAACGUUGACAAAAUCUCCCUGAGACACAAUCACUUUGUAUUCCAUAGCGGCACCAAAUUCUCACCAAAGGGAGAAUUACUCACAAAUGGGGGGAGGGUUUUAAUCGCCGUCAGCUUGGCACCAUCGUUAGCACAAGCAGCUGCUCGUGCCACUGUAGCAGCGGAAGAGAUUUCGUUCGAUGGAAAACAGUUCAGAACUGACAUCGCUCAUAAGGGAAUUGCAAGAUCCAUAUUGCGCGGUGGAACAUUGUCGUAUAAAAGUAGUGGCGUAGAUAUCGAGGCUGGAGACUCCUUAGUUUCAACCAUAAAACCUUUAGUGUCUGCAACAAAACGGAGCGGUGCCUUGGGCUCCAUUGGAGGUUUUGGUGGACUCUUCGAUACUAAGGCAGCAGGGUAUAAGGAUCCUCUUUUGGUGUCAGGAACUGACGGAGUCGGAACCAAGUUAAAGAUUGCAAUUACCUGCAAGAAGCACGAUACAGUAGGAAUCGACCUGGUUGCCAUGUGCGUCAAUGACGUGUUAGCUCAUGGAGCUGAGCCCCUUUUUUUCCUGGAUUACUUCGCUUGUGGAAGACUUGACCUGGGUACCGCUACUCAAGUUAUUGCGGGUGUAGCAGAGGGCUGUCAGAGAGCUGGUUGCACCCUGGUUGGAGGAGAAACUGCAGAAAUGCCAGAUAUGUAUGCGGAUGGGGAAUAUGACUUGGCUGGGUUUGCUGUGGGAGCAGUUGAAAGAACACAGCUGCUUCCUCGUACAAGUGAUAUUCAUCCCGGUGAUCUUGUAUUUGGUUUACCAUCAAGCGGUGUUCAUAGUAAUGGCUUUAGCCUGGUCAGACGAGUAUUAAAACUAGCCAACAAAACAUAUUUCGACAUUGCGCCAUUCUCUGAUGCUGCAAAGACCAUUGGCGAAGAAUUGUUGAAACCAACCAAAAUCUAUGUGAAAGGUGUGAUGAGAGCAUUGAGAUCAGGACUGGUUAAAGGAUUUGCUCAUAUCACCGGAGGUGGAUUAACGGACAACAUACCAAGAGUUUUGCCAAAUGGAACUGGCGUCUCCUUGGAUGCUAGCCAGUGGAAUAUUUUACCCAUCUUCAGUUGGCUGGCUGUUACUGGAGGCAUAAGCGCACCAGAAAUGUUGAGGACUUUUAACUGCGGCAUUGGUGCAAUUAUCAUUGCCGCUCCGGAGAAUAAGGAAAAAAUUUUAGAGCUUCUCGCGGGCGAAGAUCCGAAAAUUAUCGGGGUAGUAAAAUCACACAGCGAUGAUCAGCAAAGGGUGGAGGUGAAUAAUUUUGAAGCAGCGAUGGACUCAGGAAUGCGAAGGCAUGUACCAAUGCUUGUUGAAACUUUGGGAAGGCCUUUGAAGAGGGUCGGUGUUUUGAUAUCUGGCAGCGGAACAAAUCUCCAAGCUUUAAUUGAUGCGACCUUGGAUCCUACUCAAAGAAUAGGUGCUGAAAUAGUUUUAGUAAUAUCCAACAAACCUGGAGUUGAAGGACUAAAACGAGCGGAACGAGCGGGGAUCAAAACCUUGGUUUUCAAACAUACGGACUACCCGAGCCGCGAAGCUUUUGAUCUUACAAUGGACGUAGCAUUACGUGCUGCUAAUGUGGAUCUCAUUUGCCUUGCUGGAUUCAUGCGGCUUUUAUCCGCGGAAUUUGUCAAACGCUGGCAUGGGGCGUUGAUAAACGUACAUCCGGCUUUGUUACCGUCUUUCAAGGGCGCGCAAGCUCACAAAGAUGCUCUUGCUGCCCAAGUUCGGAUUACGGGGUGCACAGUUCACUUUGUGGCGGUCGAAAUGGACUCGGGAGCGAUAAUAGAACAGGAAGCUGUGCCUGUGCUGCCGGGAGACACGGUAGAAACUCUUCAGGACAGAGUAAAAGUAGCUGAACACCGUGCUUUUCCGAGAGCCUUGAAACUUUUAGCUACGAGGCAAAUCGAACUUGAUGAGAAUGGUACAAUCAAGUGGAACUACUAGAAGGUGCUCGUUUUUACAUAGCUUAUUAAGCAUAAAUCAAUCGCAUUGAUUUAAGGAGUUGACUGAAGAGUUGUAUCUUUAGUCAACGAUUUGAUAACUAAAAACAAAAACAGUACAUUCCUGAAGUUUAAUUAUGUAUUCUCUAUUUUGAUACGCUCUAUAAAUUAAAAAUCCUGUAAUAAAAUGUUAUCUCUCAAUCAAA